CUUAAAAGAUUUUGUUUCUGAACACACCCCAGCUAAAGCCUGUUGAGCCUUUGUCGCGGCCUUCAGCAGCUUUUACAUUAAUGUAAAAUACAAGAAUAUAAGAAAAAUAGGUAGCAUGUGAAUAAUUAAUAACAUAUACUUGGUAUCUUUAUUUCGUGUGAUAAGCAGGAAUUAAUAACAUAUACUAAAUGUUGCUUUGCAUUGAAACCCAAGCCCAAUAACCAUGGUCGCUGUUUAAAUCUUUAUAUUUGGACAAAAAGAAAUAAAAUAAUCAUUUUUUUAAUUUAAAAUUUUUUGAUUAGAUUAAAAUCUAAAUACUGGUAAAAAAUUAAUAAUUGUAUAAUGUUUUAUAUAAUACAAGAAAAAGAUUAUAUUAGGUGUGCGUAGUUAUAUUUUACAUAUAAAUAAAAACUUUUAAUUUUAUAAUAAUGAGUUUCCAUCAGUGUUUUAUUCAUACCCAUAUUAUAAGAAAUCAUAUGUGUGUUUUAUCAAGAUGCUACAUAAAAAGUGUAAAACAUCCUACAGCAGGAAUUAUUGUUAUUGGAGAUGAAAUAUUGAAAGCUCAAGUAAAAGAUACCAAUUCUUACUACAUGUGUAAUUUAUUAUAUAAAUGUGGUAUUAAAGUAAAAAAGAUUUCUGUCAUAAGUGAUAAUGUUGAAGAAAUUUCAAAAGAAAUUAAAGAUGCUUCCAGCAAAUAUACUUACGUUAUAACAUCUGGUGGAAUUGGACCAACACAUGAUGAUGUUACAUAUACAGGUCUUGCUAAAGCUUUUAAUGAUCAGCUGCACUAUCAUCCUAAAUUGGUAGAUAUAAUAAAACAUUAUUCUGGAAUUGAUGAUGCAUCAUCUCCUGUUUAUAAAAUGGCACAGAUUCCUCAGAAAGCAUCUCUAAAGUUUGGUUUAAAUACAGGCACAAGCAAACCAAAUAUUUAUCCGUACAUUGUAUUAGGAAACGUAUAUGUGUUUCCCGGUUCACCUGUAUUUCUUGAGAAAGCUUUUCAAAAUUUAUAUGAGGAAUUACUUUCUGCAAACAAAAGAUUUAUAAAGGAAGAGGUAUUUAUUGAUGCUAGAGAAGAUUUAUUUGCAAAUGCUUUAUCAACUGUAGUAAAAGAAUUUCCUAAUGUUUCUUUUGGUUCUUAUCCGGUGAGCGAUUGCAGGUAUUUUAAAUCAUUUGUAACUAUAGAAAGUGAUAAUAAGAAUGAUACUGAAAGAGCGAAACAAAGAUUUUACGAACUAAAUCCUGCAAAUAUCUUCGUAAAUUUUGAUCGGACACCACACAUGGAUUGUAUUAUUAAGUAUAAUAAUUUUUUACAAAAUUUCUCACAUCGAACAAUUUAUGAGCAAUCUCUUGAAAAACUUAGACAAUUUUACCAGAAUCCUGAACGUGUUUUAAUACAUAUCGAUGGUAGUAUAGAAUCCAGCAUUGUUAUUCAUCUCGCUUACAUAUGUAAAACACAAUUGCAUUUUGAUAAUAAAUUGCAAGUGAUUAACUUCAAGAAGAAAGAGGUGCUGGUAGACAUAGAAGAAUUCAUCAAGGAAAUGGUUGACAAGUAUAAUUUAAUAGUUCAUACCGUGGAAACUAUAGCUGAUAAUAAAACAAAUACAACCAUCCAACCACAUUUACGGCCUAUAUUAUUACUAGGAAAGAUCGAGAAAAGUAGCGAAAAUAAAAUUAACUCUAAUUAUAAUAGCAUAGGUAAUAUGAAUCAAUUACAAAUCGAUAAUCCCUUGCGCAACUGGACAAAAUGUGAUGUAUGGACUUUUGCUUCAUCGCUGUAUAUACCGUAUAAAUUGGUUGCUUGAAGAAAAGUAAUAAAAAUAUGUUACAUCUUCAAUACUGUAAUUAUAACCGGCAUAUAAUCUGCUUUUAUAUACACUUUUUUAUACCUUAUAUUAUAUAGUAUGAAUAUUAGACGUAAUAAAAAAAAUAAC